UUCUGACGUCACCACAACGGCGAGCGGGAAGGCUGUAGUUUCCAAGCUAUUUUUGUUUUCUGUGAACGGAGCUGUGAUUUGAGUUAAAGAAGCUGAAACACUCCGAAAAAACAAAACAAAACUUAGUGAACGAUAAGAUCCAGAAACGGAACACAGAUGCAGGCCGAACAGGCACCCGGAGGUUAGCGGCACGGUGUCACCCUUUGAGACCCAGGUGACAUGUCGACGCUCCGCCCCGCUGGAAGCCGGAGGACGGUGUCGGAAUGAUAAGCUGGAGUCAGGCUGAGCCGUCACCGUGUUGUGGGUCGCAUGCUGCGGUCAGUUUAUUCGGUUUAUUUGCUUUAUUUGUGAGGAUUUCGUCUUUUAUUUACGCUCAUUCGCUGCCUGUUCCAGACGGCGGUGCUGCUCGGUAUCAUCAGUUGGUCGGGUGACACUUCAACUAACGGCUCAGUGACAACAGUAGCUCCGGGCUGUUUUUAACGGCAAAGUGGAACUACUUCAUGGAAUUGCGAGGAAAUUCCCAACAAUUCCUGUGUUUAUUUCCCGGUCUGCUCGUCUUAACUGUCCACGACUCAACAUUGCUGACUCGUUUGGUACGGAACAGACUUUUGUAUCACGGUUAAUCAAGCGCAGUGCUCUUCAUUGAACUCGUGUAACAGAAGGACUCUUGGCUAUGGGCUAGCUAUCACUUCAUGAAUGACUCUUAACGUGAAAAGUCUGUUUCAACCAGAAAGUGAAAGACUGCCUGUACUUUCCAACAUGUACGAACAAGUGGACCGUCUGCUGACCCAUCGUUGAUGCUGUAGAUAUGAUUAAAACGUUGUAAUUCAGUUCAGAUGAUGGAGGAAACAAAGUGCAGAGUCACUUGGCAGGUCGUAGCACCUAUUUUAAUUGGAUGGAAAUGAUUGGACUUGUCAACAUAGGUUCACUGAAUUAAGUUGUGUGUGAUUUAGUGUUCCUCCAUGCCUUUGUUGGCAUCUAAUGGAAGAAAAAGCACCCAUCAGGUCUGCCAUGGUAUCCAGACUGCCUAAGUUCGGUGGACGCUCCUCGACUGGCGGUGCUAGCCCCUUGUCCAAUGGUUCCACACAGCCUACCACGCAUUCCCAGGAUGGUAAGACCACUCCCCCAGGAACACGCCCAAAUGGCAUGAUCCGUGCCUCUCCUUUUUCCCUGAAAUGGAAGAGAGAUGAGGGGACAACCCCCUCCAGCCCCACCACUCCCACAAGCCCUGGAGAUGGAGGUGAAGACAAGGCUCCACUGCACCUUCCCUCGUUGGCAAAGGACGUAAAGAAUGGGUCUCCAGCGACACCCAAGAUGAAGAGGUCAGGUUCUUUGAUGGUGGCUGUGUCCAGUCCCAAGGCAAUCCCCAGGCAAUCCUUGAAGAUGAGUCCCAAAGUAGGGAUCAAGCUUGGACAGAGUCCACUGAAUGGAGGUCCAAAAAUGGGCCAUAAUGCUUGCAGCGUUCCUGGUCGAACAGGGUCAGAGUCUCGCCUUGUGAGACCAAGACUGGGCUCCAGCUCUCCCAGAAGCAGCUCUCAAGACAGCCUCUCCCAGUCCAGUGACAGCCUGAAGACGAUGGCACUGGACAGCAUGGUGCGUUCUAACAGCUUCACUCACUUCAAGCAGAUUCCCUCACCCACCAGCCAGCCUAUGACACGCUCCUUCUCUUUUAACCGGGCUGUAGAGCUAGCCAAGCCUCUGGCAAACACACAGCUCCGGCCUCCUCGGAGCAGUUUUCUCAAACCCCCUCAACUGAGCAAUGGAAGAGUGGGUUUGGGACUCGGAGGCCUGAAUGGUAGCCUUGGAGGUUCAGGAGGUCAAGCUGGAGGACUUGGAGGACUUCAGUACAAUAAGACACCAUCAGUUGCCACCUCUCUGCCCACCCUCUCGAUCCCGCCAGGACCUAGUACCCCCAGUGCUCUGAGGAAGCCUCUGUUACCCAGUUGUGUGCUGACCAAAUCAUUGGGCAGCUCUGGGAGUCCUUUGGGCUACAGGCUGCCUCGAUCCGGGCAGACCAAACAGCAGAAGCCACUAUUUCCAGGUAGGGUCAAGGGGGAUAUCAGAUCAUCAACUGCCCCUGAAUGCAGGGGGCUGUUAGGGAUUGCAAUAGACAGUGAGCGGACUGAUGAGGCUGACAAAGCAGAUUUACACAGUGACAGUGAUGGGAGCUCUGGAGAUGGAGGAGUAGAAGGAGGAAGUGGUGUACCUAGGCAGAAUUCUUGCCAGACAGCAGGCGAGCCUCUGGAAGACAUGUCCUUAUCUUCUGCCUCGUCUAUAGACAGAGGCGAUACUAGUGAGGAGUUUUUAGAUGACUUUUACAGUGUGGGAGAUGUGCUCAGCGAUGGGGACCUGCCUGACAACAGGAAAACUGGCAAUGAUACUCGAACCCGCCUACACAGCUUUCUAAAUGAGACGCUUGACUGGGACAAUAUGGAUCUUGAAGGACCUAAAGACGAAAGCCCUAUGCAAGACUCCCAGGGGCCACUGGUGUUGUCUUCAGAGCGGAGUGAUAUCCUUCAGGCCUCAUCUGUGGAGCUGUCACCCUCCAACAGCUCAGGUGGAACCUACAUGUGGGAUGAGGAUGGUCUUGAGCCCCUUGGGGGCCCUGGGGCACAUCCAUGUGAAAGCUAUGAUGACUCUGAGCUCAACAGCAUGGAUAUCCUGAACAACCUGGACCCUCCGGGAACUGGAGAACUGGACGAUGAUGACCUCAUGCUGGAUGUGGACCUCCCAGAGGAUGGCUUGCACGAAGUGCACUUACAUUCCUUUUCCCACUGUGCUCUAAAUUCUGCCUGCGUAGACCCUGACAGGAUGUCCCACUUCGAGCGCUCUGAGAGGGCUGGUCGGCAGGGUCAGCGGCGUAAACACCACCGCUGGAGUGGUCCAGAUAACUUUCACAAUGAUAAUAGGGCCCAUGUGUUCCAGCACUAUGAUGGUCUCAAGGCUUCAAAGUUCUCUUCAAGGCCCGUCCCCUCAGAGGGUAGGCAGCGUGGCUACAUUGCGAUGCUGGAUGAGCUCACACUUGAACACAUGACGCAGGACUGCAGCUCGCUCAAGAACCAGCUGCUCAGGCUCAAAACGUUACUACAGCUUGAGGAUACAGACUCUCCAGCAGAUGUCCCUGAGGAGACUGAAGACAAUACCACUGCAUCGCAGGUGGAGGAGCUGAUUAAGGAAGUGCAGGUGCUCAGAGAAGAGCUGAGGAGUCGAGACAAGACCAUUGCUCAGUUAACAUUGCAGUGUCAACAGCUACAACAACAUCAGCGGGAACAAAUGCCUGCUCAAGGCCGACAGUUCAGGUGUCAGUGCCACCACCAGAGGGCUCCCUCUUCAGUACGACAGGGCGACAGACCGAUGGACAAACGGAUGCAGCAUCACUAUGACAAGGCCACCCAGACGUACUGCAGACUGCCGAGCCAUGCUGGUGUGCUGCCCACCCCGCUGCUGUCCCCGUGGCAGGCACAGCACCAGGUCUUGACCCGUACCAGCAUGCCCCAGCGCAGACAGACCUCAAAUACUACAGCCUUUCAUCCCCUGCCCCAGCGAGCACCUCCACCAGGGAAAACUAGUAAAAACUCCCCCCACAGAGGGCCACAGUGACCUCACAAGAACCAAACCAGAGGAAGGAACCAAUACAGAUGCUGAUUGCACUCUUGAAGACCUUAUGACCGGGCCUGCAGACCCCGACAAGCAGAGUCAUCUCCUCUGCACCCACCUGCACCGCCUAGGCUUUAGGACUCCACAGGUGGUAAAUGCCAGAGACAGUCCAGCAUCAGCAGCUCAGUCUGCAGCACAGCAUGAGUGGAGAGCCCCCACUGCAACACUGCAGAACUCUGUCACUCCUAGAACCGAUGGUUCGACUUGCCCUCGUAUGCUGCAGCCUCCUCGUCUUCACAAGCGCGUGUCUCUCCCUGCACUCAAACCAGGCGGAACCAGUGGCUUUGCCUCUCUCAAACCGAGGUGCUCUUUAGGGCUGCUGGCGAGUCGGACCAAGCAGCUGCCACCUCCGUCUCGAGGCCUUCCCUGCUUUAAUGCUGGACCCCAGGUGCAGCCUCGAAGUCUUUGUCGCACUUCGCUGCUUCAGCCUCACAGAGCAUCAGAGCCUUGCAGGGAUCAACAGGGCACCAAGUCCAGCCUGGACGAACCCAACCAGGGGACGCUCAGAGACCCUGGGUCAGCCAAGAUCCUGAUCCCUUUGAGUCGCUCAUGCCUCCCCAAGCCAAAGAUUCCCUGAGGAGCUGAAACCCAGCCAUCAAAACUUAAAACUGAAAUCACUCUGACAUUUAUAUUCAUCCUCUUCUCUCCCCAGCCAAAAUAACAGUGCGAUUGUUUUAGUGUUUGAGUGUCAAAGGAGCACACACUAAGCUCAUUAACCUACACAGACCAUUCAGGGACUGCCUGUGUCAUUGACUUUGGUAUUGUGACGGCUGUAUUGUUUCUAAAUUAGCAUCUUCAACUCCCGCCUGACUGUUUGAUCGACUGACUUAGGAACUUAUAUGACAGUUUUCCAAUUAAGAGGGAAUUUAGGAAGAAGAAACUUAGAAAUGUCAAGUUUACUACCCUUGCACAUGCAUGUGAAUGCUGCUAAUGCAAGAAAAAAAAGUUACCAUUCAGAGAAGUCAGCGUCUUUUGUAAUACCCGCUGGCUGUUAUCACAUUUUCAAGUUAAAGUUCACUUGUCGUCACACAGCUGUGCCCUCUGACACACAGGUGCUUUUGGUUUUAAACGUGGAGGUGAUACGAAUGCGACCUUUGCAGUGUAAUAGAAGGCUCCGGGGAAGAUGGAGGCGAAAACAAGAAGUGGGGUGGAAAGGAAAAAAAAAUAGCAGUAGAAAUGGAAUGGAGGCUAGAGACUGGAAAGCAAAUUCGUCAAAGUGCUCUGGAGCUGUCACGGCGAAAAUGGAAAUACGUGUUUGUGUAAAUGUGAGUGUGUGUGAAUGUGAGAGAUGAGAGACAUGGAGGUGAGGGACAAAGUGGAAAGCAGCUCCACACUGGAGGUGUAUAUGUUUCUAGUUCCUAUUGCCACACUCCUGAAUGGACUUCUGACCCCUGCACAUAUUAGCAAAAGGGGUCGCAGACCUCCUGGGUAAAGGCAGCUGAGAUGUAAAUACAAGCUUUUAAAAAAAGAAUACCAUGCUGGUGCUACAGAUAUAAUUAGGAGAAACAUUACACAAGAGAGGAAUUAUCUAUCAUAAUGUAGUGGAAAAUCUCUGCACUGAAGUGUGCUCAGGUACAGUGUAGGCUCACUCAUCCAGGUGCAAAUACACACAAAGAACUCCGGUUACUAAGUACAUUUUUGUAAAACAAUGUACAGUAAAAGGAAGUAUGAUGAGAGAGAGGAGGCUGCAUGUGAUUAAUCUAAUUUCGGAUAGAUUUUUUUCCAAGUCUCAAGCAAUAACCAAGUCAUUUUGUCUUGGGCAAGUCAAGUCAGGUCACAAGUUGUAUUGAGUCAAGUGGAGUCCUCGGUUAAAGCAAGUGGAGUGUCAAAUAUCCCAGUAUCCUUUAUAAGGAGAAAACAACCCAUCUAAUAAUGAUAUUUUUGAGAAUUUAUCUAACCUAUUUAACAUGUAUGGCAAUUAAUUGACUUGAAAUUGUGUUGUAAUUAUUGAUAUUCAGUGAAAUUAACACAAACAAAAACAAAUAACUUUAAAAAAAAACACAUUUAUUUCUUCAUUUCUUGUCAAUCAAAACAGUUAUUCCCUCUCUGUGACUUUUAAACAGUGAAAUACUGACAGCAAGAUAAAGAAAGGCUCAACCAAAAACAAAAAAAUUAACCCAGACACUUCUAUCAGUACAAGCAAGCUGAAAUGUUAAAGAGACUCAGAAAGAACUCUUGGAUCCAUCUCUUUAUAGGGAUCCCUACCAAAAGUUAAUGGGGUCUAAAUAUUGGCCAAGAUUCAUUCUUCAUCCAAACUUUGUGGAAAUCUGUUGUCUAGAUUUUGGGUAAUCCUGACAAACCAACCAACAAACAAAUGGAUACAGGUGGAAACACAACACAAGUCCACAUAUCUUGUAAUAUGGUUAAAUGUCACAUAUUUCCAGUGCAAUCAACUUAGUUAAAGUGAUGUUUUUUCGCCUUCUCUGUGAAAAAAAAAGUAAAAUGGGCGAUCUGCCUCAUUUGGCAACAUCAUAACAUGAUUUAAGAAAAGUAACAAGUUAAAUCAGGUUGAGAAAAGAAACGAUUUUAGAAAUAAGAGUUUGGGGAAUCAAUUAAAAAGCAAGAGGGACAUGUAUACAGUCUACACUGACUAUUUUGAUCCUUCCCCCUCAAUAACCCACAGACAUAUUCGUUGAAACAUCAACGAACAGGGAGUCAUUAGACGUGUGAAGCUGCUGCCUUGUGUGUGUGUGUGCGUGUGUGUGUGUGUGUGUGUGUGUGUGUGUGUGUGUGUGUCUUUGAGUGUCUGGCUGUCGCCCCCACACCCCCUCCCCUCCUCUCGCUCUCUCGCUCUCUUGCACAUCUCUUCGGGAACAUCAAAGGUAUUAGCGCGGUAUUUUCAGGUAGGGAGCCUUCGGGGCUUUAGUGGUGUUUCUGUGGGAGUUUUGGAGAAUUGUGUUUAUCUCUCCUUUGCGGAGCCCUUUUUGCAGUCAAACGCUCCCGAAAUGUCCCCGAACGGAGAGCAGCAGUGUGUUAAAAAGGCCUUCUGACAGCGACUCUGCUCUCUUCUCUGUCACGCCGCGUGACCGCUUGGUGUACGCCUCUGGCACUGUCCGGUCUACUGCGUCCAAUAAUGCACCCUACAUAGACAGAGUGAGACAGAGAGAGCGAGAGAGACACUCUCACACGCACAUACACAUCCGGACGGACACACAAGCUACAUGGACACACAUGCACAGGAACUCUGACGAAACUCAGAGAGACACGAAACUCGGAGGGAACGCAUACAUCAGUUCUCACUUCCCGGUGAAGCCACACAAGAGGACCUACAUGGGCACACACACUGAAUUCUCUAACAAAGUGCAUAAAGGUGUGUUUGUGUUGUUUUGCUAGCUCAGACAAAAUGUGUUCUCCGAGUACACACUGAUUCAUCUGUCUGCCGUGGCCAAAGGAAGAAGGCCGGGUCUAGAUUACCUUGGAAAAUGGGCAGAGUCUUGCGUGGAUCCAUGUGGCUGCUAAAAACAUGUGAACCCGUUGGACGCUUCGACAUGGUGCCGAACUCGCCAAGCAGUCAACACCGCUGCCGUGUGAAGCCAAGAAAAACCCAUUUCUUUUAAUGAAAACGGAAACCCGAGACAGGAAGCAACACAUGGAGGAUGAGAGAGGUUCACACAGAGAGACAAUGAGACGGGGCGGGAGGAGAGAGCGACGAAUUCGAGAUGUCGAGCUGAAAUGGUGAAGGCGCUUUGAUCAGGAUGAGCUGUUUUCUGGCAGACUUUUCUGCUCACGAGUUUUUCUCUAUACAAUGUUGUUACGGGUGUGUAUAAGAGAUGAGAGUGGGUCAGAAUACAUAGCAUGUUUGUUUGUUUGCACUGUGGUCCAGAGAAUAGCCCCAUCCCCUCAGCUGUGUCACUCACUGCUUAGUAAUGCCAAACAGGAAAUCAAUGUUGCCCGCUGUGUGUGUUUUUGUAUGUGUGUAUGUGCGUCUCCAGACACCUCUGGCUGCCAGUGUGUCUCUCUUGGAAGUGUGUGUGUGUGUGUGUGUGUGUGUGUGUGUGUGUGUGUGUGUGUGUGUGCGUGUGUGUGCAGUGGGAGAGAGAGAAAGAAAAAGAGAUGUGUCUGCCCACAGGCCAAAGGCAAACGCAUGCCAGGGAAAGCAGGGCAGCGCCAUCCUUCUCUCCCCUGCUGUAUUCCCCGUCUCCAAAUCAAUGUCCCGGCUCAGUUUAGCAGUCGAGCCGAUCACUCUUGCUAGCCGCGCUAUAACGAAACCACAACUGGCCCGAAAACUCUCUGCAGCAUCUUCGAUCAAUUCCAAUGCAAGGUGGUGUUGACUCACUUAAGUUUGAGAGAACACAAAUUAUUAAGCUGCAUUGGACAAGAGGAAAAAAAAAAAUGCUUCCACAGGGGCCGGGAUGUUUGACAACACUCUGAGCGGACUGCACUUUUCGGCAGAGGGGACACAUGAUCUAUAUAUGAUGUUUUUUUUUGCAAUAUGAUGUAGAAGCACAUCACCUGAGACACAUUACUUGACUUGUGACAAGGUAAUCCACUGAUAUCUACAAGAUAAAGUAGAGUUACUGCAAAGGUAUGCUUGCUGUUUCAAGCUUUCAUUUUUACUUGAAAGAAUCUGUAAUCCGCAUCGUAGUAACGGAUCAAAAUCACUAUGUGCAUAUAUGUAAAGGGAGUUACUUGUUGUGACAAACCCACAGAUCAUCCAACCCGAUGCUAGAAUAAACGUUGGCAACGUACAUUUCUGCAAACUACAGAUAUGUGGAGAUCAGAGAAUUUGUUUUUUUGUCAGCACAAACAGGAGUAGAAAUUCUCUCUCCUGUGUCAUGCUUGCAAUGUGGAAAUGCCGUGGACCCUCAUCAAAAAUGGUUUCACUGUUACAAAUGUUAAAAUCAGCCUUGUCACUUGACUCCACCUCCUGAUUUGACAGUCAGGUCACAAACAUGCAUGUGUGUACAUGAUGUGACACAUAUUGUAGAAAUGUCAAUACGCUAAACACAUCAGUGGAUUGCAGAAAUGUUAAGUGGCAACAUUUUAUGCUGGCGACAGGGCUGGAUACUCAUCACCUACCUUGAGCACCUUUUAGCUCAUUGUUUUGGUUCUUCAGGCCACAACAUCCACAAACAUCAACAUUGUUUCUAGAUGCAAAUAUGAUAAACCCAGCAGACACAGAUAAAGGUGGUGACUUGCUGGUGAGCAUGGUGAAACAUUUAGCAGCCAAAGAGGCAGCAGAAUAUCUCUUUGAAGUUGGUGGAGACCAAAAACAGCUAAAAGGAGAUGAAAUGUUUGGCUUGUAUUGUUCAGGUCAACGCAAACAUGACUCCGAUUGAGUUAUUAUGCUGCUACCUGCUGAAUGAGUGUAUACUGCAACCUGCUGCCAAGGUGAUGGUGUGUGUGUUUUACAGCUUAUUUCUGUUGCUCCAAAGUCUCCAAAAAUCACUUAACGCAGGUUUUAAACCAUCAUCAGGAGCAUUUGUUUCUGAGCAGUCUCUUUUGUACGGAUUCACAAUAUGGUUAAAAAAGAUUGCAGUCAUUCUUAGACUUUUGAUGACUGUGAUGUCAUUCAAGAUGAGUGGGAAAGCUAAUUUCUGCCUCCCAAUUUUAAGUUUAUUUUGAUCAAUUGUGCAUCUCUACAAUGUGUGCUACUGUCGAUAGAUUUAAAGUAAACUGCAGAGCUUGAAACUGCAAAUAUACCUCUGCUCUCACACUUGACCUGCGUUUAAGUGUCUCUGUUAUGCUGGCAGCAGCAGACAUGGUACAGUCCACUGAUGUACUCAAAUCCACCACUGAAAGGUUUCGGUUGUUAUUUUCAUCAGAACCGAAUUUCCACCUAGACGUUUUAAAGUGUUGUCGGAUAAAGCACCGCAUCGUAGCUUGUUCAUAUUCUCAUACUAAAAAUAUGCAAGGUCACCGUGUUGAUCACUAAGUAAUGUCCAAUAUCAGCUGCUUUCACUCGUUCAGCACUGUCUCCAGUACACUGUGCAAUAUUGUUUGAAGCAAAAAAAGAUGAGGACUCGCUAUACUAUACUUCUAGCGACCUUUAUGCAAAUGAAAAGAGCAAAUUAAGCUUUUUUUUUUUAAAUUCUAACCUGAAGCACUUUAAAUGAUGUUAGUUGUUGAUGCUGAAUGAACAUUAAACUGGAUUUAGAAGCCACAAAGAAUCCAUCUGGUUUUACACUCACAAUCAGUUAUGACUGAUAUCUUGACUCUCUUUUUUUGGAUGUGUGUGUUUGCAAAGUCAUAUUUUUCUAAGAUGUGAGGCAGCAACAAAAGGUGGAAGCAAAAGUGAGAGAAAGUUGUGUUUGGCUGGUCAUCUGUUGGAGCUUUGUAACCUGUUUUCUUUAAUAACUUGUUUCCGCCAGAGUUGCUCGCAUGUUAGAAUAAUCUCAAGUGAAUAACUGUAGGUCGAAGGUGAAACGCUAUCAGAGCGAGGACGGUGCCGUGCCAUCAGUGAGAGGCCUCAGUGAUCCUACAGCGGGAAGUACGACUUUCAAAGUCAGUGCUUUUCAUUGAUCUGGAUUGUAGACCCUCUCACACGAACGGUGUGCUGCUGAUCUCGAGUUCGAGAUGAAAGAUGGAACCUCAUUCUUGGUUUGUUUUCCAUAUUUUCACUGUCUACUGGUUGUAUUUCUGUGGAAAUAAAGUAUGAUUGUGAAAUAGA